UGUGGUUGGUGUAACACCUAGUAUUUACUAAUAUGAUGAGAUUCUAACUGUCAGAAAUUAUGAUAAGUCCUUUCUGCAGAUUCUUUUAGUUUGAUAUUGUCACUCAAAUCUGCUAAACAUUAAUAAGUUAUUAUUAUCAUCAAUAUUCUGAAGGAGAAUUCUUGUAGUUAUCGGUGUUAUGCAGACAGAUGAUUUGAAUGGUUAACCAUGGAGUCGUGGGAUGCCGGUUAAGAGGGUGUUUAGCUUUUGGUGGGAUAUAUCUAUAGAUGAGUGGAAAUUGUAUAAUUUCCUAUUUACAAUACCUACAUGAUUGUCAGGUUAGGCUUUCUUGUUGCUGCUUCAAUUGCAGCUUAUGCAGUUAAGCAGGUUAGUGUUAAACGUCCUCCUUCAUCAGCUCCUGUGAACAAAUUUGCAGGAAAUGAUGAGUCAACCACUGAGCAACAUCAGAGAGAAGCGAAAGAUAAAGAGCAGAUUACAUAUAGCCUCAGGGAGACAGAGCUUAAUGAAGAGGAAGAGGAUAAAGAAGAGGUUAAAUUGAUUAGCGGUUUAAUCAAUGCACAACCUCCUGAUUUUGAAGAUGACAUUCUUCCAGAAUUUGCAGAUCUUUUAUCAGGUGAGAUUGAUAUUCCGUUUCCAAGCGACAAAUAUGAUACAGAAAAGGAUAAGGUGUAUGAAACUGAGAUGGCUAAUAAUGCGAAUGAACUGGAACGAUUACGCAACUUGGUUAAAGAACUUGAGGAAAGAGAAGUCAAACUUGAAGGGGAACUGCUUGAAUACUAUGGAUUGAAGGAACAAGAAUCUGAUGUUGUUGAAUUACAAAGACAGGUAAAGAUUAAAUCGGUGGAGAUUGAUAUGUUAAACGUCACAAUUAAUUCCUUACAAACGGAGAGAAAGAAGUUACAAGAAGAAGUAAAGCAGGGAGCUACUUACAAAAAGGAAUUAGAAGCAGCCAGGUACAAAAUCAAGGAGCUUCAGCGACAGUUUCAACUCGAAGCAAAUCAAACUAAAGGGCAACUGCUGUUACUAAAGCAACAAGUUGGAAUUCUUCAAACAAAGGAACAAGACGCCGUCAAGAAAGACACUGAUAUUGAAAAAAAGCUAAAAACUCUAAAGGAGCUUGAGGUUGAUGUUGUCGAGCUCAAAAGAAAAAAUAGAGAGCUUCAACAUGAAAAAAGGGAAUUGGCCAUUAAGCUUGAUGCAGCAGAAUCCCGAGUAGCAACACUAUCCAGUACGACUGAGACUGAAAUGGUGGCCCGGGUUAGAGAAGAGGUUAAUAAGUUAACUCACACAAAUGAAGACUUGUUGAAGCAAGUAGAAGGUCUACAGAUGAACCGGUUUAGUGAAGUCGAAGAGCUGGUAUACCUUCGGUGGGUCAAUGCCUGUCUAAGGUUCGAGCUUAGAAACUAUGAAACACCAUCUGGGAAAACAUCAGCACGUGACCUAAACAAGAAUUUGAGCCCAAGGUCCCAAGAAAAGGCUAAACAGUUAAUGUUAGAGUAUGCAGGGUCCGAACGUGGUCAAGGAGGUGACACUGAUCUUGAGAGCAACUUUUCUCAACCAUCAUCUCCAGGAAGUGAAGAUUUUGAUACUGCUUCAAUUGACAGUUCCAUGAGCCGAUACAGUAGUUUCAGUAAAAAACCAAGUUUGAUUCAGAAACUUAAAAAAUGGGGUAAAAGUAAAGAUGAUCCCAACUCUAGUGCUCUUACUUCACCUGCAAGAUCGUUUUCAGGCGGGUCUCCUAGGGUUAGUCAUAAACCAAGGGGGCCAUUAGAGGCUCUCAUGUUAAGAAAUGCUGGUGAAUCUGUGGCCAUUACUACUUUUGGGGCCGCUGAUCAAGAUACUCCUAAUUCUCCAGACACUCCAAAUGCUAAUUAUGAUUUAAACAAUGUUGGUUCAUCAUUUCAAUUAAUGUCUAAGUCGGUCGGAGGUGUUUUAGACGAGAAGUACCCAGCGUAUAAAGAUCGUCAUAAGCUUGCUUUAGAGAGAGAAAAGAAAAUCAAAGAAAAAGCUGAUCAAGCAAGAGCAGUUAGGUUCGGUGAUACUUCGAGUUACAAACCUCCAAUCAAUAGUAAGACAGUGAGUUUACCUCCAAAACUUGCUCAAGUUAAAGAGAGAGUAGUAAUAACUCCAGAUGCUUCAAGUAACCAGUCUGCUGACGGAAAUGUGAUUAAUUCUCCCGCUGUUAGCAAGAUGCAGUUUGCCCAUAUUGAAAAGAGACCACCUAGGACUCCCCGCCCUCCGCCUAGACCUACUGGAGGUGCUCCUGCUACCGCUGCAAGUCCAUCAAUAUCUGGUGGUGGACCUCCUCCUCCACCUCCUCCACCAGGGGCUCCACCACCGCCACCACCACCUGGUGGUGGGCCACCUCGUCCCCCUCCGCCACCAGGAAGUCUUGGUAGAGGAGCAGGUGGUAGUGAUAAAGUUCACAGGGCUCCAGAGUUGGUUGAGUUUUAUCAGAGCUUGAUGAAGCGUGAAGCUAAGAAGGAUUCACCGACUAUACCUUCUACUAUAGCUAAUACAGCAGAUGCAAGGAGUAACAUGAUUGGGGAGAUUGAGAACCGAUCAACAUUCCUCUUGGCUGUAAAAGCUGAUGUAGAAACUCAAGGUGAUUUUGUCGAGUCACUUGCAUCUGAAGUUCGGGCUGCUUCAUUUACAGACAUAGAAGAUUUGCUGACUUUCGUGAACUGGCUAGACGAAGAGCUCUCAUUCUUGGUUGAUGAGCGAGCAGUCUUGAAGCACUUUGACUGGCCAGAAGGAAAAGCAGACGCAUUUAGAGAAGCAGCUUUUGAAUACCAAGACCUGAAGAAACUCGAACAUCAAGUCACUAAUUUUGUUGAUGAUACUAGUCUUUCUUGUGACCCCGCUUUGAAGAAAAUGUACAAAUUACUAGAAAAAGUGGAGAACAGUGUUUAUGCAUUAUUACGUACAAGAGACAUGGCUAUGUCUAGAUAUAAAGAAUUCGGCAUCCCAGUCAAUUGGUUGCAAGAUUCGGGAGUUGUAGGCAAGAUCAAGCUUGCAUCUGUACAAUUGGCUAGGAAAUACAUGAAGCGGGUUGCAUCAGAACUUGAUGCACUGGAAGGACCUGAAAAAGAACCAAACAGAGAGUUUAUGGUGCUCCAGGGUGUGCGUUUUGCUUUUCGUGUACAUCAGUUUGCAGGAGGGUUUGAUGCAGAGAGCAUGAAGGCAUUUGAAGAACUGAGAAGCCGUAUGAAUAAACAAACAAAUGACGAAAGUACGCCUGAAGCAUGAGUGUUACAAAAUUUUUCAUUCCAUUAUAUAUUCUUUCUUGAUGAUAUAUUUCAUAUUAUAGUUUUUGUUAAACACUAUUGUCUCCCUGCAGAAUCAUAUACAUUCACUUAAAUUAUUUAUACAACCAAAGGGUCAAAUUUAUAUAACAA